AUGUUUUGGCUAUUAAAAUAUGUACAAAUCAUGUAUUUUAAAUCGGAAGAACCAAUUUCAUUUAUGUUUUAGUUGCAAAAUAGGUACAAAUCAUGUAUUUUAAAACCGAAGAACCGAUUGGGACCCGAACCCGAAAGUACAAUGGGCUAUACCGGUUAUUUGGAGAUUUACUAACCCCGACCCGAAUCCGAUAGAACCCCAACCGGUCUCGAACCGAACUUUUAUAUAACCCAAAUGAAGCUGAUUUUGAUAAACCCGAAAAACUAAAACCCGAAUGGAUAAAACCGAAAUCCGAUUGGGACCCCGAAUGCCCAUGCCUAGAAGGAAGCUUCAAGUUGAUUACUGCUAGGAAUGGCAAUUUGAACCGCGAACCGCGGGUCAGCCCAUAGAAGACCCAUACGGGGCAUGUUUGGGCCGAGAUAUUCUAGGCCCAUUUUGGAGUGUGCCUCGCAGGACAAGGCUCUUGCGGUUUGGGCCAUUGCGGGAUGGGGCAGAGAAAAACUUAUGGGAUAGUGAAGACCCGCGUGCUUUUGUUUCUUCUACAGUUUCACCUGAAAAGAAAACGAGAGCAAGCGAUGAAGGCGAUUCAACUGCAAUCUUCACCAACAUCCCUUGUUGAGCUCUGGUGACCGCAGUUCAAUGUAUGGCAUUACGGAAAAUAGAGCAUUACAGAAAUAAUUUUAUGGAAUAAUGUGGUAUUUUGUUUGUAGUUUAAUAUUUAAUUAUGUAUUUAGAAUUAUAUUUAUAUUUUAAUGUAAGAUUUUGUUAAUUAAUAUUGUUGUAAUAUUUUUAUAUAUGUGUUAGUUAUAUAUAAUUUUUUGUGGAUUUAUAUUAACUAUGAUAAAUAUAAGGACCAUAGUGUAAAAUAUAAACAAUUUUUAAGUUGAGUUUGAAGUUUUGGUUUUGGAAAAUAACAUCUUGAAACUUUAAAUAUAGAAUUUUGAAAACUUGAAAAUAUAAUUUUUUUUUGCAGAUGUUUCUAAAUGAGGUUUAAAAGUCUUACAAUAGAAGGUUUCAAUAUACGUGAUGAAAAAAAGAAGACGCUGAACUGGAAGAUAAGCACCAAAAAAAAAUAUAUAUAUAUAUAGGGAAAUCGGCCAAAAAAACACUGAACUUUGCGGGAAUUGCCAAAAGAAACCUGGACAUAUGGGCUAGCCAAUAAAAUCCUGAACUUUUGUUGACUUUUCGGGUUUAUUAAGAAACUUACGAUUGACUGACCAGAUAAACACACCGUUAACCGAGUUAACUGAUAAUUAAGCGGACGUUAAUUUUGGGUGUUAAAGUAUACGACGUCGUUUCAUCACUUUGUCUGAUUAAAGACAAACGACGUCGUUUAUAUAGCUGUGUUAUUAAAAAUAUGUGUUUCCUACGGCUCGAACUCGUGUACUCGGGUUUAAUGGUAGGGGUUUUUGCCACUGAGCUAGUGGACUUUGCAAUGGAUAUACGAACACAGUUUCUUUUAUUCUCUUUGAAUCCGAGUUAAAUGAAUCAAAAAGAGACGACGGUUUUCUCCUCCGAUUGGUAUAAACCCUAAAUGGGCGAAAUCAUGAAUCCAGUUCGCGAUUCUCUUCGAUCUCGUCCUUAAGAAUCUCGAUUCUCAUCUCUCCUUCUUCGAGUAUCGCAUGAUGAGUUCGGGUUGUGAGGAUUCGUCUGUGAAUACGAUGGGAAUUCGUGGUAUCCCGGAGCAAUGCGGUUGUGGUCGAAGAACUGGGAUAUACACAUCAAAAACGAAGGUCAAUCCAGGAAGAACUUUCUUUAGAUGCCCAACGUUUCAAAAUGAUCACUUGUAUAAAUGGGUAGAUGAAGCUGUCUACGAAGAGGUUCAAGAUGCAUUGCCAAAAGUUGAAUGCUUUGCAUCAGAUGUUAUGAAAAUUAAAAUGGAGAUCGAAAGCAUGAAAACCGUGGAGGAAGACUUGAAAGAAGAUGUCAGGAAGGCGAGCAAUGAACUUAAGAAGCUGAAUGUGAUCAUGAAAGUGGGUUUUUCGGUGGUUUGUUUAGGCGUUGUGAUAUGUCUUGUGUUGAUCAUGUUUGACAAAGCAGAUGGGUUGUCUAUGAAUAGCUACUAA